CCAUUUCUCUCUCGCUCUCUCUAGCUCCUUCAAUGGCUCCUAACUACGAUAAACUCAGUUCUUCCAGAGUAGCGAUCAUUGGUGCUGGUGUUAGCGGAUUAGCAGCCGCUAAGCACCUAGCUCAUCACAACCCGACCGUUUUCGAAGCCUCGGAUUCGGUCGGAGGUGUUUGGAAGAGCUGCUCUUACGAGACAACCAAGUUACAAUCGGCUCGAGUUGAUUACGAGUUCUCUGACUUCCCAUGGCCGAAUAGGGAUGACACUACUUUCCCAUCUUACGUUGAGAUAUUAGAUUACUUGGAAUCUUAUGCUAAGCAUUUCGAUCUCCUAAAGUUCAUGAAGUUUGGCUCUAAGGUCAUUGAAGUUAGGUACACCGGUGAAGGCGAAACUCCACAGAUGGUUGACCUUGGUGCUUACGGCAAUUUGUUGCGUGGAAAACCUGUCUGGGAAGUUGCUGUUCAAAACGUAGAAGCGGGGGAUAUUCAGUGGCAUGCAUUUGAGUUCGUGGUAGUGUGUACCGGGAAAUUCGGCGACGUACCAAGAAUUCCGACGUUUCCAGCGAACAAAGGGCCCGAGAUAUUCAAAGGAAAAGUGAUGCAUUCGAUGGAUUACUGCAAACUAGACAAAGAAGAAGCUUCUCAUCUCCUCCGUGGCAAGAAAGUCGCCGUCAUUGGCUAUAAGAAAUCCGCCAUUGAUUUGGCUUUAGAGUCUGCUUUAGCCAAUCAUGGAGAAGGUGGACAAGCAUGCACAAUGGUGGUGAGAACAACACAUUGGGUGUUCCCACAUUACUGGAUAUGGGGUCUUCCAUUCUUCUUGUUCUACUCUACGAGAGCUUCUCAGUUCCUCCAUGAUAGGCCUAACCAAAGCUUCCUUAGAACUCUCUUUUGCCUCCUAUUCUCUCUUCUGCGUGCGGUGGUUUCCAAAUUCAUCGAAUCAUAUGUUACGUGGAAGCUUCCUCUAGAGAAGUAUGGUCUCAAACCGGACCAUUCUUUUGAAGAAGACUAUGCCUCUUGUCAAAUGGCCAUCAUACCGGAUAAUUUCUUUGAGGAAGCGGAUAAGGGCAUGAUCCGGUUCAAGAAAACAUCGAAAUGGUGCUUUUAUGAUGAAGGGAUUGAAUUUGAGGAUGGGACAACCCUAGAAGCUGAUGUUGUGAUACUCGCCACUGGUUAUGAUGGCAAGAAGAAGCUCAAAGCCAUUGUUCCUGAACCCUUUCGAUCUUGGCUUGAGUUUCCAUAUGGUGUUAUGCCUUUAUACAGGGGAACAAUCCAUCCAUUGAUACCAAACAUGGGUUUCGUUGGAUACGUUCAAAGUAACUCAAACCUACACACAUCAGAGCUACGUUCACUGUGGUUAAGCCGGCUCGUGGAUGGGAGAUUCAAGUUACCGAGCAAAGAGAAAAUGCUGGACCAGUUCUCCAAGGAGAUGGAAGUGAUGAGAAGAUCGAGCAGAUUCUAUAAACGUCAUUGCAUAUCUACCUUCAGCAUCCAGCAUGCCGAUGAUUUGUGUAAUGACAUGGGACUCAAUCCACGGCGCAAAUCAAACUUGUUCCUCGAAGCGUUUAGUCCUUAUGGUUCUCAAGAUUAUCGACUCGAUCAAGAAGAAAGGAAGUAAUCGAAUAUAGUACUAAAAGAAAAAUAACGAACUUACAUCUGGUGGUCCGGUGGAUGAUAUCUAUCGUGUAAAAUACUAAAGUUAUAAAACUGUGUUGGUGAGUCAUUGAAUAAUCUCUUGUAUUAAACUUUUAUAGUUUAAAAAGUGU